UCUGUCGCAGGGCUGGGAGAAGGUUCUGCUCUUCUUCACCCGGACAGCAGGUCCCACCCUCGGUCCUUGGAGAAGAGUGCCUGGAGGGCUUUCAAGGAGUCACAGUGCCAUCAUAUGCUGAAACACCUUCACAAUGGAGCCCGGAUCACUGUACAGAUGCCUCCCAAUAUUGAGGGCCACUGGGUCUCUACCGGCUGUGAAGUCAGAGCAGGCCCAGAGUUCAUCACGAGAUCUUACAGGUUCUACCACAACAGCACAUUCAAGGCCUAUCAGUUCUAUUACGGUGGCAAUCGCUGCACAAACCCCAUCUACACCUUAGUCAUACGUGGCAAAAUUCGUCUCCGACAGGCGUCCUGGAUCAUCCGGGGGGGCACUGAGGCCGACUAUCAGCUCCGCAACAUACAGAUCAUAUGCCACAAUGAAGCAGUAGCCAAAAAAUUAAGUGAGUUGGUGAACCAGACGUGUCCUGGAUUUAUCCCAGAAGAUAGUCCCUGGGAGCAGGAUGUGAGCUAUGAUUUGCUGAGAGAGGAGAACGGCUGUGAAUGCACCAAGGCUCUGAAUUUUGCCAUGCACGAGCUCCAGCUGAUCCGUGUGGAGAAGCAGUACCUGCACCAUAACUUAGACCACCUCGUGGAGGAACUAUUCCUUGGAGACAUUCACACUGAUGCCACUCAGAGGAGGUACUAUCGGCCCUCUAGUUACCAACCUCCUCUUCAAAAUGCCAAGAACCACGACCGCACGUGCAUCGCGUGCAGAAUCAUCUACCGCUCGGACGAGCACCACCCACCCAUCCUGCCCCCCAAGGCAGACCUGACCAUCGGGCUGCACGGAGAGUGGGUGAGCCAGCGCUGUGAGGUGCGGCCAGAGGUGCUCUUCCUGACUCGACACUUCAUCUUCCACGACAACAACAACACUUGGGAGGGCCACUACUACCACUACUCCGACCCCAUCUGCAAGCACCCCACCUUCACCAUCUAUGCCAAGGGACGCUACAGCCGGGGAGUCCACUCGUCCAAAGUCAUGGGUGGCACGGAGUUUGUGUUCAAAGUGAAUCACAUGAAGGUCACUCCCAUGGAUAUAUCCACAGCCUCGUUGCUCAACGUCUUCAAUGGGAAUGAGUGUGGAGCACAGGGAUCCUGGCAGGUUGGGGUUCAGCAGGAUGUCACCCAUACGAACGGCUGCAUCGCGCUCGGCAUCCGCCUACCUCACACUGAGUACGAAAUCUUCAAGAUGGAGCAGGAUGCCCGGGGCAGGUACCUGCUGUACAAUGGACAGAGACCGAGCGACGGCUCCAGCCCUGACCGACCCGAGAAAAGAGCCACUUCCUACCAGAUGCCUUUAAUUCAGUGCGCCUCAUCAGUACCCAGAUCCGAAGAGUCACCAGAGGAGAAUAAAAUCAGGCUGUAUAGCAGCAGGGCUCCGGAAAAAUAUCCCAGCACCCCAGCUCUUGCUUUGUUGUUUAUUUGUACUGUGUCAUAUUGGGACAUUCUCAGCUAGAAGCAAGGAAAACUUACUUUUCAUGACUACAAAGCCAGGAUUCCACCAGAUUGGGGGUUGUUUUUCUUCAGACAGAAAAUGACAUUUAUUUUCUUGAUGCACUUGAAUGCCUGAGAACUGUUGUUCUGUUCCUUACUUCCCUCUUCCUCCUCGAAUCCCGAACGGCACUCGUUUGAUGUUUGUGCUUUGAACUUCAUCCAGUCUGAUCCCUGGCCUGACACGACUGCACAAAAGUAAUUGCACUUUAGGACUGCAGACUUCUGGGGGGAGGGAGGGGGUCUCCUUUUAUUAUUUUUUUUUAAUUUUUUUUUUUAAACUGCUAGGAUGAACUUUAUGAUCCUGCUUCAGUCAUCUCUGCCAUCUCACUGUUGUGGUACUCUUAUCCCAAAUGCCCAGUUUCUCAUCAGAAUUUAGCUCUGGGGAAGGGCUCGGUGUUGUGCCAGUACUGUGAUAGCAGCUUCCCCCUCUGACUUCACAGCUCUGAUGUAGAUAUGUAUAUAAGGAGGAAAUCCACAAAGAUUUAUCUUGCCAUUAUCUAGCAGCUCAUAAUACAGAAAGAAUCAGCACAUCAACAGCCCUCUGUUCAAAAAGUGCUAAAUGAUUGAUACCCCUAAUUAAAAUAAAAAAAAUACUCCAAGUAAUUUAAGAUAUUUUUACAGUCAUUAAGUUGUAAAAAUAACCAGUGGUUUAGGAUUUUCACAUUCAAUUAACUUAGCUAUGUAAUUGCUUUGAGGCCUCCCUUUGUAUCUAGUAAGUAGUUACAACCAAGCCCCCUCAAAGCCAGCCAGCAGCAGCAGUUUUCCUGUCAAUGCACAGAGUUCAGGUAAGCUGCAGGAAAGACUUCUCUUCCCCUAUUCCUGAGGCCUUACAUACUCCACGUGCAGUACUUGGAUCAGCUGGGUGGGUAGAGUAAAGCAAGUGGGAUCUAAUGUGUUCUGCAUCCCUAUUUAGCAGCAUCUUUUUAGUCAUGUGAUCUCAUGUAAGAACAGGGAAAAGGGUAACAGCAGCGAGCAGACUGUGGUCCCUGGUAGAGCAAGAAAGCAGCAGGAAACACACCCUCAGAUGGAGGAAUACCAGCCCAGUCUUACAGAGGGAGGAGCGAGAGAUGCACUAAUGCAACCACAUUCUUUCUUUUCUCCUUGCUGAACUGUCCCAAUGCAUGCCACAGUUUCAUAGAUCUUAAAUUAGCACUGGUUUGGGAAGACACUGCCGGGAAGGUGGAUAGACACAGCCUACAGAGAGCAUUUGUCAACUGGAGCCUGCCCUGGAAAUUCUCAGGUUUCCCUCAGUGGUGAAUACAUCCUUUUGUGCACUGAUGCAAAUCAGAGCAGACUCUGGAAGCAGCAGGGGAGAUGUUUAAGGCCAGCAAGGAGUUAGAAGUUCAUACAUGAACAAUGUUCCCCUGCUUUAAUGGAGAGUGAACUGAAGGAAUAUCUUCAUCUUGCGCUUGGGCUGUGGCUUUUACUGAUGUACGUGUUUUAGCUUGCAGGAGGAGCAGGAACAUCUGUGAGAAACAUAAGGAUUAAAGUUGUAGCAUUUCCUCACAGUAUAAGCUAGCUGCCCAGCCCAGUACUAUGUCAGAAAAAGAACCUUUAAUGUAUUCAUUUCAGCAUCCUAGGAAAAGUAUGUUUUGAAUGAACAUCUUUCAGCUUUACACAGUGAGUCUUCAUACUGGCUUCUAUAGCAAAAGCAUUCCUUGAAAACAUGGAUGUGAAUUUCCCCAGAGCUGGAACAAAAUCAGUUCACCUAGUUUUGAGACAGCAGGAAGACAGAGGGAAGGAGCAGUAUCACAGAUAGACACGCUGCUGAGUCAGACUGCAUCUUUAAUGUUUUUUCCUCAGACAAAUGAAAAGUCAUAGAAAACUGUUACUUAAGAGUCAGGAAUGGAGCUCAGAUUGGCUCAGUAGUCACCAGAGAAGGUGUUUAUCCAUCCACCUGAUGUCAGAUCCCCUUUCAGCCUGUUGGAAGGAUCUGAAAGCCAGCUCACUGCAGUGAAUUGAGCCCUAUGAGCAACAGCUGUUCUUGAUGGCUUUCUGCUCCAUGCAGUCAAACCUACUUGAAGAGCCAGCUCUGGAUCAGUUGCUGGUGAGAGGCACAGUUUUAACUAGUGGGUCCAGAAGGAGACAGGACACCUCUGUGACAGAGUAGUUACAAACCAGCAGGGAGUUUGGUUUUCUCUAGGUUGAGUUUUGUAGUCAGCAGGGCAACACCAGCAUAUCUCUAACUGGGUUACUGAGCUGUUACAGUCAAACAAGUCCCCUAAGUACCUGCUUCAUUUCUGACUGAUAUUUGAGAUCUAGUGGCAGUAGUGAAUUCAUACCAGUUUUUAUUUAAAAGGAUGAGUAUUGUAUGGCAUUCCUUAGAUCACACAAUACAAGCAGUUUUCACCACCAUCAACCAUUCCCAUGUGGUCCUAUCUCUGAAAAAAUAUCCAUGGUUUGAAGCUGUCAGACUAUGUCACUUGCCUAUGCAAGUGCCACACACAGCUUGAUCCCAGCUGAAAUCUGCACAUGCUUGUGAUGCAGGAUGAAAGCAAAGACCAAAGGAACUGUUCCACAGCACAAUUUUCUAUAUUCAUUGGGGCAAUCAUCUACAGUUUAUUAGUGCCUUGUGGCUCCUCUGUAAAUUGUCUAAUGUUAAAAAUGUUGCAAGUUUCAAGAGAAAGAUUCGUCUAGUUAUAACCUCUGAAAA